AUGAGGUCCAAGCAGCUCUUUGUUAUCAGCUUUAUGCUUGCAUGCGUCAGGCUUAGUAAUGCUGGACUUAGUAGGAGAGUGACAACCUACUUGGGGCAGAAGCCUUCAGAGGUGGAAGCCGAGCCAGUGGCGGGACCUGAAAGAGAGUACUUCAGAGGGUAUGCUCAACAAGCUGGCAGGCUCCAGGCAGAGCAGCGCCAGCCAGUGGGCGGACCAAUCCUCUGGAAGUAUCCAGAAGAUCCGGUGGACCUGGUGAAAAAGCCCCCUGUUGGGUUCAAGCUGCGGCAGCCGGUGAUGACCAACCCAGUUGCUGUGAGGUGUGGGGAGAGUAGGAUCCAGGUGGAAGUGAGCCAGGACCUGCUGGGGCUCGGCAAGCUGAUAAAGCCGGAGGAAGUCACACUUGGUGGUUGUCCAGCCACUGAGAUAGACAACUUGUCUCAUGUGCUCAUCUUCGAAUGUGAGCUGCACCACUGUGGCAGCACACUUGUGAUGACAGAGAAAGCCUUCAUUUAUACCUUCGCACUGGUCUACGACCCCAAAGUGUCCAGCAGGAGCCACAUCAUAAGGAGCCAGGGUGCUGUCAUUGGAGUGCAGUGCCACUACCCAAAGUGAAUGAAAGAAUAAUAAAGGGUUUAAAGUCUCAA